AUGGCCAAGAAGGAUAAGAAGAAAAAGACAAAGGAGCACAAGGCCAAGGUCGCCGAGAAGCAAGACCGCAAGCAGACCAAGAAGCAAAAGAAGGAUAAAGCCAAGAACAUGGAGGAGCAGGAAGAAGAUAUCGAGACUAUCCUCGCCAACUUCCAGAAGGAGCAAGAGGAGAAGGUCAAGAUUGUCGAGGAAGUCUGGAGUGGACCACCUAGUCGUCGUGCGAACGCCACAUUGACGGCCAACCCUCUCAAUGUCAACGAGCUGAUCUUUUUCGGAGGCGAGUUCUACGACGGAGCCCGCUGUGCGUUCUAUAACGACCUGUACCGGUACAACAUUGAAAAGGACGAAUGGCGCAGGAUCACAUCCCCAAACUCGCCCGGCCCACGAUCCUCUCACCAGAUCGCCAUCACCCCUGCAGGAACUCUGUUUCUGUUUGGUGGCGAGUUUGCCUCCCCUAACGAGACCCAGUUUUUCCACUACAAGGACUUUUGGUCGAUGGAUAUGAAGACGAACGCAUGGGAGAAACUCGAAGUGAAGCCCAAACCAACAGCUCGCUCCGGCCACCGAAUGACGCUUUGGAAGAACUUCCUGGUGAUGUUUGGAGGCUUCUACGACAACUAUGUCGAUACCCGAUACUACGACGACCUCUGGGUCUUUGACACCCUCGAGUACAAAUGGACAAAGGUCGAGCUUCCCGAACAGAUGAUCCGCCCUUCUGCCCGGUCUGGAUUCUCGUUCAUCCCAUGUAAUGAGGGAGUGAUCUUGUAUGGAGGGUACUGUAAGGAGUAUACCAAGGGACAGAGGCCCAAGGGUGUAGUGCAUACGGAUACGUGGUUGUUAAAGAUGCAUCAGGAUCCAAAGAUGAUUCGCUGGGAGAAGAAGAAAAAGUCCGGGUCGGCCCCUUCAGCGAGGUCUGGGUGUGCGAUGGCGCCGUAUAAGAAUCGGGCGGUGUUGUUUGGAGGGGUGUUUGAUGAUGAUGUGAACGAGGAGACGUUGGAGAGUACGUUCUUUAAUGAGCUGUGGACUUAUCAGCAUGAUACUGGACGGUGGUUUCCGAUGAACUUGAAGAGGCCCAAAACUGCCAAGAAGAAGAAGACCAGGAAGCCUAAGCAAGGUUCUGGAGGAGGAGGACAGGGUGGUGCAGACCAGGAUGGGGAGGAGAAGCGGGAGAAGAUGAAGUGGGAAGAGAGUACGGAUGAUGAGUUUGAUUAUGGCGAUUUCGAGGAGUCCGAUAACGAAGAUGGCGUCAGUACUCCUGUUGUUGCUGGAGAGGCUUCUGCAGCUGGAUCGGUUGUUGGUACGGAUGAGCAGCCAGGAACUCCCAAGGUGCAGGGACAGGAACAGGAGCAGAAAGAGUCGGCGACUGGAACCCCUGUCGAGGAGGAGGCGAUCUUGACCAAGGAGGCUCUUGCUGCUGCCGCCCUCGCCGCCGCCGGUAUCCUCCCCAAGGCCGCAGCACCCGCCACACCCGAACCCGAGGCUGAAGCCGAGGCGGACAAGAAGAAGGGUAAGGGCCGCACGCGCGGCUACAACGCCAACAACGCGUUUCCCGACGACGACGAUGAUGAAGAGGAGCCCUUGAUGCCCUGCCCUCGCUACAACACCAUGUUGGCCGUCCAGAAGUCGACCUUGUUCAUCUUUGGUGGUAUUUUGGAGAUCAAGGAUCGCGAGUACACGCUGGAUGAUUUCUUUUCGUUGAAUCUGGACAAGAUGAGUGAGUAUAUCUGUCUGCGGGCGUCCGAGUUUGAGUCGCAGUUGUGGUUGGGUGAGGAGUCGGAUGAUGAGGAGGAGGGAUCGGAUGACGAGGACGACGAUGACGAUGAUGACGACGAAGAUGAUGAGGACGAGGACGAGGAAGGCGAGGAAGGCGAGGACGUCGAGGACGUCGAGGAGGAGGAAGCUGUGGUCGAGAGUUCUUCGGCCAAGAAGGAGAAGAAAUCCAAGAAGGACAAGGAAUCUUCCAAGGACGACAAGGACACCGACAAGAAAGAAAAGAAGGACAAGAAGGAGAAGAAGGAAAAGAAGGAAAAGAAGGACAAGAAGGACAAGAAGGACAAGAAGGACAAGGCCACGGCUGAAUCGACACCAAGCGCUGGCGCCAUCGAUCCUGCCUCUGGUGUUUCCACCCCUGUUGCUGCUGGUGCCGAGGGUGGUGCUGGAGGGGGAGAGAAGAAGGAGGGAGAGGGAGAGGGAGAGGGAGAGGGAGAGGAAGCGGUGGUGGAGGUUGUGCCGUCGCAGUUGAGCGGUGUUGAUCUUGCGGCGCGUUUGGCCAUGACGGAGGAGGAGACUGCCAGUACUCCUACUAUUGGCGAGACUCUCAAGGAGUUCUAUGGCCGCACCACGGAGUACUGGGUACUAAAAGCAUUUGAGGACAGCACAAAGACCGGAAAGGCGCUCCGCCACGACGGCUUCCUCCUGGCCGAGGCGAAAUUCAACGAGUGGCAACCUAUCCUGGCCCAGAUGGCUCAAAUGCGUCUUGACGCUGGACUCGACGAGGAUGACGAUAAUGAUGCGGCUGGACGGAUGGGUGGUAGGGGUGGGGUGUUGAAGAUGGGCGAGGUUUACAAUAAGCUUAUGUCUAGACAUCGUCGAUAG